AUGAGCACUUUUGCAAAGAGUCCCAAAGACAACAGUCGUCAGUAUUUUGGAUUCAAUUGUGGAAGGGCUGACAAACAAUCUCGACAGCGAUUGUCUGAUAAGAAUGAAGUCGACGAGAUUUUUGUGGAGGGGAUGAAUCGCCUGAGCUUUGACGAGCUUCAGAGAGAACAAGAGGACCUCCAUGGGGUAUCCGCUGACUUUACUGAAAAGGCUGACGACGUAAAACGAAUGCUGGUCACUCUACAUAGUCACUUACAACAUCUAAAGCCAGGAAGUGCCUAUGAAUCUGCUGAGACCAUGAACCAAGAUUAUGUUUCCAACCGUGACCUUCGAAUGACAUUCUUGAGAGCAAAUCGUUACGACCCUAAAGCUUCAGCCAACCAAAUGAUCAGAUAUUUUGAUUUCAAAUCGAAACUAUUCGGAGAGGAUAAACUCACAAGAGAUAUCCUUCUGAGUGAUUUGAAUGACGACGACAUUGCCUGCAUGCUUCGAGGAAACUACCAAAUCUCGGCUGUAAAAGACCGAGCGAAUCGGGUAAUACUGAUGCAAUUCCCUGGUCUUCGUGCCCCAAAAUCUAUCGAAAAUGAACUCAGAUCUCGGUUCUACAUAAACAUGGACCUGAUCAAGUCUCUGAACACUGCCAACAGAUCCGUAGUGUACAUCAACUAUGGGGUGGGCGAUCUUGAAGAUCAUACCAAAGGUGCUGGAGGGCUUCAAUUUUUACACUUUGGAAUGGCAAUGCCAUUUCCAACUUCAGGGUUCCAUCUGUGUUUCAGUGAAAAGGCUGAAACCCUGGUCGGCAAGGCUGUUUUCGCUCUACUCCCACCAAGUUUAAAAGCCAAGGUUAAAUUUCACUUUGGGAGUCACAUGGAAUGCUUGUACCAGAUGUCGACUUUUGGCAUUCCUGAGCAUGCUUUGCCACUAUCUAUUACGAAGAACGAAGUUAACCUGCAGCAUCACAUGGCCUGGUACAAUAAUUGCUUCCAAAGAGAGACUGAAUCUGUCAUUUCUGGUUGGGGUAGUAUUGUGCCAAACGAAAAUGAUGUCUUGUGUGUUGGGAAAAAGGUGAAUUCUGUGGGUAACAACCGAAUUCGAGAUCUAGCGGCGCUGCAUUCAGCAGACUGGUACAAUACUGGGAGCUCAAAGGAGAGAAGAUUACUGGUCGAUCUCAUCAUGGACGAUGUUCGCAAGAAUGGCGGUCGCUUUUUAAAACCAGACGAGCAUGAUAGCCAUGAUUGGCAAGAGCUAUCCGUCGAUGAAAUUCGGACCAAGAUCCAUCAACUCUUUCGCAAUCUGAAGAAGCGGGCUAAUUCUACACAAAAGCCGCCCACACUAUCACCGCUGCAGUCUAAAACACUUCAAGCAAUUUCAAAUGUUACUGAGAAUGACAUUUUGUUUGGUCGAAUGUAUGAUCAUGUGGGAAACCAAAGAUUGCGACAACUGGUGCGAGUCAUGUCUGGAGAAUACAACGCCUCGAACCGAGGUAGAAAGAAGGAAAUCGCAGACUUUCUAGUAAUCCAAAUCAAGAAUAAAGGGGGCCGUUUCUUGAAACCAACUGACGAUGGGCAAUGGGUAGAGGUCUCGGACACUGCUGCCGAAAAAAAAGUAUCCUCUCACUUUCGCAACAACCGUAGAGGAAAGAGUACUGGGGAUGAGAAUUAG